AUGAGAGGCAGAAGUGGCAUUUCGCGAGUUGCGAAUAACACGACGCCUUUGAUUUCAGUUGAAGGAGGUCAGGUCUUUUUAGCAGAUGUCACGGUUGGCGGCAAGCCGUUUCAGGUCGUCAUUGAUACUGGGAGUAGUGAUCCGUGGCUAGCUCAGACGGGCUUUCAAUGUUUCGAUCCGAUCAACGAUGCCCAACUCGAUCAGUCCGUGUGCGAAUUUGGGCCUGCUUACGAUUCGUCGCAAUCUACGACCUUUACGCCUGUUGAGAAUUUGAAUUUCAAUAUCAGCUAUGCUGAUGGGGAAUACUUGAAUGGGGGACUGGGUAUCGACACAUUCAAUAUGGCAGGCAUUGAAGUCCCUCGGCAGCAGUUUGGAGUGGUCAGUAUAGCCGCGUGGUAUGGCGACGGAAUCUCAUCCGGCCUCAUUGGAUUCGCCUACCGGACACUCACUUCUGCGUAUGCCGGCACCGAUCCGAGAGCAGAUAUCAAAGGUCGCCAGGUCCCAUACAAUCCGCUGUUCGUCAACAUGUAUGAGCAGCAAAACGUACCAGCCAUUUUCAGCAUCGCGAUGGAUCGGAAUUCUUCGGCUGGUGGAGUGUUGGCUUUAGGCGGUAUUCCGGACGUUCAGCAUUCGCCAUAUUUCGCUUCUACGCCGAUUCAAGGUGUUAGUGUCAAUACCACGAGUGGCCGGCAGGUGUAUGAGUUCUACACGAUCGAUAUCGAUGGCUAUGCUAUUUCGGCAAACCAGAGCACGCAGUUCAGUUCUUACGACAACCCGGAUCCUCGCAAGACGCCGCUGAUCCAUAAUGGUUCGGAUACCAUUGUUGACUCGGGUACAUCGCUGUGUUACGUCCCGGAUGAUGUUGCAGAAGCGACUGCUGCGCUUUUUGAUCCUCCGGCGUACUAUAGCAGUACGCAAGGAGCGUAUUUUGUGGAUUGCAAUUCUAGGGCUCCUGUGUUUGGGGUUGGGAUCGGGAAGAAGAUUUUCUAUGUCAAUUCGGAUGAUUUGAUUAUUGAGAUUCAGCGCAAUGUCUGUGUUAUGGGGAUACAGUCUGAUGGUGGUGGGCUGUCUAUUCUUGGCGGCACUUGGAUGAAGAACGUGCUUGCGGUGUUUGAUAUUGAGGGGGAACAGAUGCGGUUUGCGGCUAGGCAGUUUUAUGAUCUGUAUGCCUAG